AUGGCUGCGACUAGCGUUGAUUCGGAAAUCUACGAUGACCAAACGACAGCCAAGGGAUCAUCGAACAGUGUACCAGAGUAUCGAACCCUUGAUAAAAAUGACGGAACGGACAGAUACAUCGUCGUCAAGGAUCACGAGGUAUCGAACAACGAUCCAAGUGUUCCGAGCGGAGUCAAUACGUUGCUCUAUCAUCAUCCGAACAGAAAAAUCACGAUCGACGAUGAUAACAAAACGAAGGACAAAAGGACCAUCGAACCUGCUGACCAGUCGGAAAGUUCCAGCACAGAGAGCAAGGAUCGCAACAUCUCGGAUGAUGACGCGUACAAGUCGCCUGACCGAAAGCGUCUCAGCGUCGGCUUUAGGAUCGAUGACGGGGUACAGAUUAGCAGACCAGGGGACACAGUAUCCGCCGAGAACCAGGGACACGAAACAUCGAUCCCAGCCGGGGUUAUCUACGAAUUAGUCGGCUCCAGCACGCCACAUCGUGGAUCGAGGGACACGAUCCUCGGGGUGGAUCACGGGGAUUCGCGUUGCUCCGGUCGUGUACCCUUGAACCACGUGAAUCUGAUCAUCGAUACGGUGGACGGCACGGAGAAGAACUUCUUCGGGCCCACUCAAACGAAAGUACCUCGUAAACUCGUUGAUUCUCUUAAAGACUGCACGGCCAGGUUGGCCGUAAAGGGACACGAGGACGACGAAGUCGAGAAACGGACACGUCGGCCGACGAAUCAGGAGGCUGGUCGCGUAGCCGAAUCGAGAUCCACGAACGACGCAGCAGCCAUUCAGCGAGCGAAGCGACAGAUCAGCCGGCCGAAGUGCGAAAAUUGCGGUGAGCCGCACUUACCGCAGGACAGGCAGCUUUAUCUGCAAAGGUACGCCGGCGGUUAUCUGGACGGCGAGGGGUACGAGGAUAAAGAUGGACGCGGUGGGAUGAGACACGAGACACCCGCGUUGCUCUAUCGUAGCAGAUCGUUGCCGCGGUUGUCGGUGCACGACAGCGGUGUCGCGUGCAGCGGAAACGAGCAAUCGCCCACCGCUGGCCAGCCGCAGAAUGUCAAGCAAUUGGUCGCCGAUUUCAAGCAGCUGCACACGCUGAAACAACACUAUUAUCCGGAAGGGGGUUGGGGAUGGGUCGUGGUGGUCGUUGGGGUGCUGGUACAGGUGCUGUCGCACGGGAUACACGGGGCGAACGGGGUGUUUCUGCAGCAGGUGACUGGGAUGUUCGGACAUCACGAGUACCUGGAUUCAGGAUGGUUAGGUGCCAUGUCAACGGGAGUCGCCCUGCUAGUUUCCCCUGUAACGAUAGCAUUUUGUCGAAGAAAGAGCACAAGACUCACAGCUGUUCUGGGAGGUCUCGUAACAGCACUUGGUUGUCUCUUCACCUCGUUCGCUUCGCAAUUUCAUCAGCUGUUCUUCAGCUACGGCACUGUUGUUGGUAUAGGAGUUGGUAUGACAAGGGAUUGCAGCACCUUGAUGGUAGCGCAGUAUUUCAAGAGAAGAAGGGAGCUGGUCGAGAUCUUCAUAGUGUCCGGAAGUGGCCUUGGUAUUGCUGUAAUGUCGGCUUUUAUAAAAGGAGCGAUUAGUAAAAUUGGGUGGCGUUUGGGUCUCCAGGCGGUGACCGGUGUAGUUUUCCUCACUUUCAUUCUGGGUACAUUUUACCGAAGCGCGUCUCUCUAUCAUCCGCAACGCAGAGCGAUCCUACAUCUGAAAAAUCAGAAACGCAAGAUCAAGGACAAGAACAAGACCGACGACAGACCGCCGUUCUUCGACUUCAGCACCCUUAAGAGCAAAACCGUGAGGAUACUGUUGGUUUCCACCGGAAUAUCCGCUUUUGGAAUCAACACUCCGAUAUUUUAUUUGGCACAUCAAGCCGAGGAAGAAGGUCUCGGCGACACGGUGAUCCUUCUCCAAGCUUACCUCGGCCUGGCAUGGACCCUCGGCUGCGUGGCCUUCGGUCUUCUGGUUGUCCAUCGCAGCGUCGAGUGCAGAAUAGCGCGUCAGUACCUGACGCAGGCGGCAGUGUUUGUGUGCGGAGUUUGUAUCCUUGCCCUCACCGCCGUCCAAGGAAAUUAUCACGGAUACGUCAUGUUCGCCUGGAUUUAUGGCAUCUUCUGUGGUGGUUACCACUACAGUCUCAAAAUGUACACGUACGAAAGGGUGAGGGCAAGGAACUUCGCGAGAACCUGGGGCUUCGUGCAGUGUUCUCAAGCCAUACCAAUAGCAAUCGGGGUUCCGAUUUCGGGAUACAUGAACGUCGGCUGCGGCGGGAAGGCCGGUUACUACUUCAGCUCCACCUGCGUUCUGGUGGGCAGUUUCACCCUCUUCUUCAUAGAUCUCCAUAGAAGGAAUUUGUCGAGGCACAAGCACACCAGGUCUAACGGGACCAAGCAUCUAUGCAUUUCGGACAGUUGCCCGCAACGACGGAGGCUAUCGUUCAGCCAGGAACCGGAAAACGACGGUGGUCCUCACGUGACAUCCGCCGGAGCUGCCGCCGCUGCGCUAGUCCUCGGUUCAGAAAUUGCACCAAAUCCAGGCGAGAUGAUCGACGCAUUGGCACCAGAGAAACCCGAGCUCACCUGCAUCUCAGAAGAAGGGAUCGCCGACAUGGAUCUGCCGGACAACGUGCUCGAGGAUCUCGAUUAUAUCGGCGACUGCAUCACUUCCUGCAACAAAGUCGAGAACUAUCUGAUGCUCUCGGAGUUCGAGAACAAUCUGAUCGCCGAGAUGCCGAUCAUCACCGAUCGUCGUGGCCGUCGAUGGUCCCUGGCCCGUUCGAAGAGCGGCCAGACGAACUUCGAACGACCCCAGGGGCUUCAAUCGUCCAACGAGGAAACGAACUCGAAGCCGAACUGGCAGGUCACGAAUUUACCUCCUAACAACAGGGUGAUCACGGUGAUCGACGAAGCGAGCGCGUAA